AUGAAUCUACUCAAUAUCACAGCAAAUCCUAGAGAAAGAGAAAGGUAUUACGAAAGACUAUUAUUGAAUCACGUACGAGGAGCCACUUCAUUUGAAAACUUACUAACUGUUAAUGGAAGGCAGUGUGAAACGUUUAAAGAGGCAGCCAAAGAAAGAGGGUUAUUAGAAUCGGAUAAUAGCAUUUCUGAAUGUUUACGCGAGGCUGUCACCUUCAAGAUGCCAACCGCAAUUCGAAGUUUGUUUGCAACAAUCUUAGUUCAUUGCAACCCUACGGAUGUGAGAAGUCUUUGGGACACAUAUUACGCUGAUAUGUCUGUAGACUUUCAAAGGAGCCAUUGCACCACAGCCGAGGCACAACUCCAAUGUACGUUGCAAAAUAUAAAUUAUUACUUGGAGAGUAUGGGACAAAGUGUUGACAAAUAUGACAUACCACAAAUACAACAACAAAUACAUCAACAAAACACACGUGAAUGUAGAGAAAUAAUAGAAGAAAUGAAUGUCAAGGUGUCAGUUAAGGAUGCAGCCGCCGAAUCCAAAUUGAAUCAACAACAAAAGAAAGCUUUCAAUACCAUUCUACAAAGGGUCAAUUUAGAAACAGAAGGUUUAUUCUUUGUAGAUGGCCCUGGGGGAACCAGGAAAACAUUCCUAUAUCGGGCAUUACUGGCCAACGUGAGAUCAAAAGGUAUGAUAGCAUUGGUUUGUGCAACCAGUGGUGUGGCAGCAGCACUAUUGCCGGGAGGGCGCACAGCACACUCAAGAUUUGGAAUACCCCUACAAGCAAAUGAGACAACUAUGACACAUAUGUCAAAACAAGGCGGCGGAGCAAAACUAAUUAGACAGGCCAAAUUAAUAAUAUGGGACGAAGCACCCAUGGCGAAGCGGCACACAAUUGAAACAGUCGACAGAAGUUUUCGUGAUAUAAUGGAUAAAGAUGCACCAUUUGGAGGAAAAAUCUUGGUGUUUGGAGGCGACUUCCGACAAGUACUGCCUGUUGUACCAAAAUCUACACAAGCAGAGACGGUAGAUGCAAGUUUAGUAAGGUCGUAUUUGUGGCCUUUGAUGGAAAAGAUACAACUUUCCACAAAUAUGCGAGCAAGAACAGAUACAACUUUCAGUGAGUUGUUGCUGCGUAUUGGAAACGGAGAAGAAACCACAAUAAAAGAAAACUUGAUAGCGCUGCCGCAACAAAUGAUUGUCCAACAAAUACAGGAUGGUAAUCCGGAAGAAUCAUUGGUCAGGGAAAUUUUCCCAGCCAUUGAACAAAAUUACAAAUCUACUGAGUACAUAACAGAACGGGCCAUUUUAGCAAGUCGAAAUGAAUUUGUAGAUAACCUAAAUGAAUUGAUGAUUGGAAAAUUCCCAGGAGAAACAAAAACAUACAUCAGCUUUGACGAAGCGGAAGAGGAUACUAACAACUACUAUCAAGAAGAAUACCUCAACACCUUAACACCAAAUGGACUACCGCCACAUAGGUACAUUAUCAAAUACAUCAAAACUUAA